CCCGCCCCUGUCGCUGUGGUUACGAGUAAAGAUGGCGGAAGAGGGCGCUCCGGGCCGGCGCGGGGAGCGGGAGCGGAGCGAGGAGGGGCCGGCGGAGCGCGGUCCCGGCGCGGCUUUUCACAUGUUCGUGCUCAUGGAGGACCUGCUGGACAAGCUGAAGCUGCUGAGCUACGAGGAGGAGGCGCUGCGGCGCCACAACAUGCGGCCUCUCUCCAGGCACUACUUUGCGCUGCCCACCAAUCCCGGUGAGCAGUUCUUCAUGUUCUGCACGCUCGCCGCUUGGCUGAUCAGCAAAGCGGGGCAUCCCUUCGAGCAGCCGCAGGAGUGCGAUGACCCCAAUGCAGUGAUUUCAAAUGUCCUCUCAGAACUGCGGUCCUUUGGAAGGUCUGUGGAUUUUCCUCCCUCAAAAUUAAAGACUGGCUGCGGAGAGCAAGUGUGCUAUGUUCUUGAUUGUUUAGCUGAAGAAGCCUUGAAACACACUGGGUUUACCUGGAAAAGGCCAGCAUACCCAACAGAAGAGCCAGAAGAAGAAGAAAUAACAGAAGAUGAUGCAGAAUUAACACUUAGUAAAUUGGAAGAGGAUGUUGCAGAAGAAGAAUCAGACAAUGAAGAAGAUUAUAUUGACCUGAAUAUUUUAAAGGCACAAACAUACAGAUCAAACAUGAGUGACACUACAAAGCAAGAAGAGAUUUUACAGUCCACAACAGAUGCAGCAGAGUGGAAUCUGGAAGUGGAGCGUGUGCUUCCACAGCUGAAAGUCAUAGUCAGGACUGACAAUAAGGAUUGGAGGAUUCACGUAGAUCAAAUGCAUCAGCAUAAGGAUGGAAUUGAUUCUUCUUUGAAAGAAACUAGGGGUUACCUUGACAAACUCCAUAAUGAAAUCAGCAGAACACUGGAAAAGAUCAAUAGCAGGGAAAAGUACAUCAACAAUCAGUUGGAGCACUUGGUUCAAGAAUACCGUUCAGCACAAGCCUUGCUGAGUGAGGCUAAAGAGAAGUACCAGGAGGGAAGUGGAGGAGUAACUGAAAGGAUUAGAGUGCUUUCUGAGAUUACAGAAGCAUUAGAGAAAGUAAAGCAGGAAACGGAAGAGAAAGGAAGCAGCAUGACUGAUGGUGCUCCUCUAGUGAAGAUUAAACAGGCCUUAACAAAAUUGAGGCAAGAAACCAUUCAGAUGGACAUACAGAUUGGUGUGAUGGAACACACAUUGCUCCAGUCAAAGCUGAAAGAGAAAUCCAAUAUGGCUAGAGAUAUGCAUGCAACAGUGAUUCCAGAAGCUGCAGUAGGUGCCUAUUAAAAUUGGUUGGACCUGACUUGGUUUGCCCAAAAUGCAGUUUUCUACCAUUUGCCUUUUUGUGAGUUCAGAGGUUUUGUUUUUGUUGGGGUAAGAUGAUGUUCUUUUUUCCUGUUCCUUUUGAACUAGGUGCUUGUUAAAAGAUGCACUUUGAAACGAAGUAACGUGCACACUUUGGACUCAAGAGGGAGCCAUGUUUAGUUUUGUGCUGUAAAGAUUUACUGCAUAUCUCUUCCAAAUAUACUAAUAAAUUCUUGUUAGUGAAGAUGUCUAUUUCUUUGGAGAAUGUUACAUAGUGUGAAAGUCUAUAGAAUGAUGCUGACAGCCUGUAAUCUGGAUACUCUGCAGUGCUGAAAGGAAAUUGCUUGCAAAGACUUGAAGGUAAAAUGUCUGUCAUUGCCACUAACAUACAUUUAGAUAAAGUAUUUAAUUGAUGAUACUGAAAUAAUACAGCAUUACCCUUUCUGGGUACAGGCUGGGUCAAAACUGGUAGCUGCAAGACUCCUCUAAUAGCAGCAACAAUAUAAAAAUCUAUAUAAGACCAAAGAAGGUGAAAAGUAUUGUUUGGAAAUUGCUCUUGGCUUUCUAAUUUUUUUCCAUGUGCCAUCACUGUUUCAGAAUCACUUUAUAUUAGCAUUGGGUCAAAUGCUGCUUUCAUUUAUAGUAUUUAGAAGAGCUCUGUGGACAUAAUUUGGAUUAUUCUUAUUUUCUGUUCUUGUGUCAGAACACCCACUUUUGAUUUCUGUGAAGGGAAAAUGUUGCCAAAUCUAGUUUAGUAAUACAGAAUGAGAAGAAAAAUGUAGGAGGAAGGAGUUGGGAAUGUAAUGGCAUCAGGGAGCUUGCUUUGUCUUAGUAAAUGUGUGGGUAGGCAGUGAUUCUAGAUGUUAGUGGUAAUGAAGGAGUAUGGAGCAAAGAAAUAACCUUAUUAAAGUACUAGUACAUCCUUUUGGUUCUGGUUGCUCAUGAGCCGUGAACGAUAUUAGUACUAUGCCAGUGGCAUUAAAAUCCUCACCUAACUUCUGCAGGCUGUUCCAUUCACCUGACAAAUAAUUUCUCUCAUUUAAACGUGAGCAGUAUUUUGCAGAAUCAGUGGAUCAGUUCUGUGUCUGAAAGUCAAGAUGCUUGACACAGUCAGUGUUAUGAGCCAGUGUAAGUUUGUUGUGCUUCAGUAUUCCAUUUGCCAAAAAGAAAAAGCCCUAAACCUAUUGGAUUUUAAUAAGUGAAAAGCUAUCUGUAAGUGUCGACUAUUAAAAUUUACCUGUGCAAGUCACUGCUGAAAAUAUGAAUCACAUUGGAAAUUGGUUUCCAGCUCCUUUUGCUGCCUACCUAUAUCCUCCCACAUUCAGCUGAAAUUAGAAAAGUUAUUAUUCAUGUUCCCUUUGUUAGGUGCUGUUGCUUCUGCAUAUUUACUUUAACAGUGGCUUUACUUCAGCUUAAGAUAAAGCAACUCCCUUUUGCAUUGCCUGCAAAGCAGCUCACUGACGCUUUUGGAUUGCAAUGUUGUGUUGUAUAAAUGCUGUUUAUGUAAAUAUUUUCCUCAAAAAAACUCCUCCUUCAUGGUAAUAUAACAAACAUGAUUAAUCAAAAACCUU